UAUGGAAAUAAACACGUGUGCUAUGCACUGAAAUCAUUUUCAAUGAUGAAAGUGUUUUCAUUGUGAAUUUUCGCCAUUUGAAGUGUGCGGAGAAAACACAAGUGGGGGAGAGGUUGUCGGCGCGCUGUGGCGCAAACGGCCUGAUUGACUCUCCACGGUUCUCACGAUGCAUUUAAAUGCGACAAUGUACUCGGCCAACGCAUCAGUCCACUCAUACCCAGAAGUCAUGGCAGAAGUUGCACCAGCCCCGGCCACCCCGGCAAAAGCGACCAAGAAGAAGGCAUCAAAGCCCGCGAAGAAGCGGGUCGGACCCAGCAUCAGCGAGCUUAUCGUCCAGGCCGUGGCCGCGUCCAAGGAGCGCAAUGGCGUCUCUCUGGCCUCCCUCAAGAAAUCUCUGGUCGCCUCCGGCUACGACGUGGACAAGAAUAGGUACCGCGUCAAGAUCGCCGUCGUCGGCCUGGUGAACAAAGGUACUCUCCUUCAAACCAAGGGCACCGGCGCCUCUGGCUCCUUUAAGAUGAACAAAAAAGCAGAGGGGAAGACAAAGGCGCCCGCCAAGGCUCCAAAGAAGACCCCCACGAAAGCUAAGAAGCCCGCUGCCAAGAAGGCAACGCCGAGCAAGAAGCCCAAAACGACCCCAGCCAAGAAGGCGGCCGCGAAGAAAUCACCGAAGAAACCCGCCAAGGCAUCAUCGCCCAAGAAAGCGGCUAAGAAGCCCACCAAAAGCCCAAAGAAAGCGACGCCGACUAAAAAAGCUCCCGCCGCCAAAAAGACCCCCGCCGCUAAGAAGAGCCCAGCUAAGAAGGUGGCCAAGCCCAAAAGUGUUAAAAAGGCAGCACCCAAAAAAAAGUGAUUUUUACACUUGUAUUCACAAAAGGCUCUUUUAAGAGCCACCCCACAACCUUUAAAGAGCAAGCGUAUUCUUUUCCAAGUUGUGUUUGAAU